AUGUCUGGGAAUGAGUCCUCUGUAACGGACUUCAUCCUCGUGGGGCUCUACCCUAAGUUCCGGCAUUCCACGAUCCUCAACUCCAUGGUUGUCUUCGCAUAUGCCCUUGCCUUCCUGGGAAACACGCUUCUGAUUGUUCUGAUCUGGGGGGACUCCCGGCUCCACACACCCAUGUACAUUCUCCUCAGUCAGCUUUCCCUCAUUGACUUGACACUAACUUCCACAAUUGUCCCAAAGAUGGCCUUCAACUUUUUCACAGGAGAAAGGACCAUCUCCUGGAUUGGCUGUGGAACGCAGAGCUUCUUUUUCCUGAUGCUGGGAAUGUCCGAGUGCCUCAUCUUGACCCUCAUGGCUUACGAUCGCUACGUGGCCGUCUGCAACCCGCUCCGCUACCCCAUCAUCAUGAACGCCCGCAUCUGCCUGCAGAUGGUUGCUGGGUGUUGGGCUGGGGGCUCGGCAAGUUCCCUCGUUCACACUGUUUACCCCAUGCAUUUCCCCAUCUGUGGCUCCAGGGAGAUCCACCACUUCUUCUGUGAGGUCCCAGUGCUGCUCAAGCUCUCCUGUGAGGACACCUCAGUGUACCAGCUGGUGGUGGUGGUGACAAGCAUUGUGCUGCUUGUCGUCCCUUUCAGUCUCAUCACAGCUUCCUACACACUUAUCUUCCUCACUGUCUUCCGCAUGAACUCGGUUAAGGGCCGGAGAAAAGUCCUGGCCACGUGCUCGUCACAUCUCACUGUAGUGAGUCUCUUCUUUGGUCCGAACAUCUUCAUCUACAUGACUUUCACCUCCUCUCACAGCCCGGAGCAGGACCAAGCACUCUCUGUUUUCAGCAACAUCCUCACCCCCAUGUUGAACCCCCUCAUCUACAGCUUGAGGAACAAGGAGGUGAUAGCAGCUCUCAGGAAGCUGGCUUGGAGAUGCGUGUUUUUGUAG